AUGGCGAACAUAACCGAAUCUCUGUUCAUAUUCGGGUCCCAAAUUGCCUAUAGCGAGAAGGCAGUUAGUGAUAUCAGGACAACGUUACGGAACAAGUUGUCUCGCCAAUGGGUGCUCAAUACAGUGGCAGAAUUGCCAAGGUACUGGGAUGCCCUGACGAAAGAGCUCCCUGAGAUCGCAGAGAGCAUCGGUUCCGAGGGAAGACAGCUGCUAGAGAACCUGGGUCCAUGGCUUAAAAGUAAUAGAUCUAAAGCCCUAGGUGUGCAAGGUGACGCACUGCCGGGCGUGGUGUUUGUGCCGUUGAUCGUGGUCGGACAGCUCGCUGAGUACCAACAAUAUCUACAGGCUUGCAACAACGGCGGCAACUUCGAUGCACAAGCAGCUCUGGUCGCCAGCAAGACGCCUGCACUCGGGUUUUGUAUGGGCCUACUGAGUGCCUAUGCCGUUGCAAGCGCACAGAAUCUAGAGGAGCUCAAUCGGUACAGCGCUGUGGCGGUGCGUCUGGCCAUGUUAGCAGGCGCCUGGAGUGACGCUCAGGAAACAUGGAACCCGCAUAAGACGUACGCAGUGGGCUGGACAAGUGAGAAGCAACUGCAAGACCUGCGGCGCGUCAUUGAGAGCAUCUCUCCAGAAGCCUACAUCUCAGUGCUCUUUGAUGAAGCGCGAGCCACAGUCACGGUCUCCGAGCGGGCGGCAGCUAGGCUCAUGAGAAAGGCUCGUGCCGCUGGAGUCGUCCUGUCCGAUACGGGCUUUCGCGGCGAGCUGCACAGUCCGAAGGUUCAGGCCAAGGAAAAGGUUCAAGACCUCAUUGCGUUCUGCAACAAGAGGCACGAUCUUCAGUUUGCCAAGACAGAUCACCUGCCAUUGACGACCUUCACCAACGCUGGGGACGGCAAGCCUCUUGUAUCGGGUGAUGGCUCUCUCCAAGGGCAUGCUCUGGAGACCUUGUUCGCGCGGCAAUGCGACUGGUACGGUACAUUCAAGGCCGUAAAGGCAGCGUAUCUCAAUGGCAGUGAAACAUCAGUCAUCACCUUUGGCCCCGAUCGAUGUCUACCCCCGACUCUCGUGCGCCACAUGGGAUCAAGGGCGGUGCACUUCGCCGACGUCUACGAACAGCCGAGCAGCGCAGACGACGACCUUGUCAACGACAACAAUCCUGUCGACGACAAAAAUCCCAUCAACGACAAUAAUACCAUCAACGGCAAUACUCCUGUCAAUAGCGACAAACCUGUUAACAACGACGAGCCCGUCAACAACGAUGACCCCGUCAAUGACGACGACGCCAUCGCUAUCGUCGGCAUGUCCAUAAAGGUCGCCGGCGCCGACGACCUCGAUGAGUUCUCACAGCUCCUCCGCAAGGGCACCUCGCAGCACGAGAAGGUGACACGGGAACGCCUGAACUUUGAUUCGCUCUUCCGCGAACCCGACACCCGCGACUAUUUCUGCAACUUCGUGCGCGAUGUCGACGCCUUUGACCACAAAUUCUUCAAGCGCAGCCCGCGCGAGUCGGCUGCCAUGGAUCCCCAGCAUCGCCUGCUUCUCCAAGCGGCGUACCAGGCUGUUGAACAGGCCGGCAUGUUUACUGAGGCCACGCGAGCUGGACAGGAAGACAAAGACCGGAACCACGUGGGUGUGUAUAUCGGCACGCCGUCAGUCGACUACGAGCACAACGUGGCAACACAUCCCCUCAAUGCUUUCAUGGCCACAGGCAACUUGCAGAGCUACCUUCCGGGCCGUGUGGCAAACUAUUUUGGCUGGACCGGCCCGGCCAUCGCCUUCGACACGGCAUGUUCGUCGUCGGCUGUUGCCAUCCACAGUGCCUGCAACAGUAUCCGUAACGGCGAGUGCUACGCGGCGCUGGCCGGUGGUGUCUGUAUCCUGACCAAUCCACAUUGGUUCCAGAACCUGACGGCAGCAAGUUUCCUAAGUCCCACUGGCCAGUGCAAGCCGUUCGACGAGAAGGGGGAUGGCUACUGCCGCGCCGAGGGCAUCGCCUGCGUCUUCCUCAAGCGCAUGGCGGACGCGCGAGCUGACGGCAACCCCAUCCUUGGUCGACUAGCCAGCUCGGCCGUGUACCAGAACCAGAACCACACGCCCAUCUUCGUGCCUAACUCGCCGUCGCUGGCGCAGCUGUUUGGGGAUGUUGUUAAGAAGGCGCACUUGUCGCCUCGCGACAUCGCGCUCGUUGAAGCCCACGGCACGGGCACAGCUGUGGGCGACCCGGCGGAGUGGGCGGCGCUGAGAAAGGCUGUCGGAGGCCCGAUCCGGCCGCAGCCACUGCCAGUGGGCUCGGUCAAGGGACAUGUAGGGCAUACCGAGGGCGCAUCGGGCAUCAUCUCACUUAUCAAGGUGUUGAUGAUGAUACAUGAGGGAUUUAUCCCUCCACAGGCUAGCUUCAACAAAUUGAACCCGACGAUCAAAGCUACGGCUGCCUCUGAUAUGAUGGAGAUUGUAACCUCACUUCGAAGCUGGGAUAGCCGGAACAAGGUGGUACUGAUCAAUAACUAUGGCGCUUCGGGGUCCAACGCUGCCAUGGUCGUGGCAGCUCCACGGACUCCCAACGAGCGUCAGGACGCGGCAUCUAUCAAGAAGUUAGAGGGACGGUUCCCCUUCUGCAUCUCUGGGUCCGAUGCACGCGCAGUUAAAGAAUAUGCUGCCAAGCUCGCCACCAUCGUGAAUCGCCAGUCCAAGUCGACGCUGGCCGACCUAUCCUUUAACAUCAACCGGCAGACCAACCCCGACCUACCGCAGCGCUUGCUCCUCCGUUGUCGAUCCGUGGACGAGCUCAAGGAUAGACUUGCAAGCGUAUCUGAAGAGGAGUUGACAAACACGCAGGCCGAACGACCCGUUGUGCUGUGCUUUGGCGGCCAAGUCUCGACUUUUGUUGGCCUUGACCGCAAGCUCUACGACAACAUCGCCGUCUUCCGUCAUCAUCUCGAUGAGUGCGACAAUGUCUUACAAACCGAGCUGGGCCUGCCGAGCAUCUUCCCUGACAUCUUCUCUCGCACAGCCUUACCCGAUCCUGUACGACUACAGGUGGCACUCUUCGCCAUGCAAUAUGCCAGCGCCCGAAGCUGGAUCGACUGUGGACUGUCCGGCAAGGUUGUUAGCGUCAUUGGCCACAGCUUUGGUGAGCUCACGGCACUGUGCAUCUCUGGCGUUCUGAGUCUCAAGGAUGCCCUCACCUUGAUCGCCCGUCGUGCACAGCUCGUACGUGAUGCGUGGGGCGACGAGAAGGGAAGCAUGAUGGCCGUCGAGGCCGACGAGUCGCUUGUCCACAGCCUGCUAGAGCAUGCGGGUCGACAGCUUGGGGGCCUUGAUAGCCCCGCUAGUAUAGCCUGCUACAAUGGUCCACGGAGUUUCACCUUGGCAGGGUCCGUUAAGGCCAUCGAUGCUGUGGCCGAGGCCAUCUCCAACGGCGAUAAGUUCUCGGCGGUUAGGAGUAAGAGGCUCAAUGUUACCAACGCUUUCCACUCGUCCCUCGUUGAUCCGCUCAUUGACCGUCUCGAGGACGUCGGCAAACAGCUCGAGUUCCAUGAGCCCUCAAUCCCUCUGGAACGGGCUACCGAGACAGCCUUUGCUGGCCCGCUGACCCCUAAGUUUGUCCCGAACCACAUGCGCAACCCCGUCUUCUUCUCCCAUGCUAUACAACGUCUCGCCAAAAAGUACCCGUCCGCUAUCUUCCUUGAGGCAGGCUCGAGUUCGACCAUAACCGUCAUGGCGAGACGUGCGCUUGCUGGGCAGGUUAGCAAAUCGCAGCACUUUGAAUCUGUCAGUGUGACCAAUGAGAAGGGCCUCGACGGUCUCACCGAUGCCACCGUCUCGCUCUGGGAGCAAGGUCUGCGAGUCGCCUUUUGGGCGCAUCACACUCUGCAGACCAAGGACUAUACACACAUCCUUUUGCCGCCGUAUCAGUUCGAGAAGGCACGUCAUUGGAUGGACUACAAGUCUGCGUCUGACCUGGUAGCAGGCAUGACUCAACGCGCACCCGUGAGCGAUUCCAAGAGCAUGCCGCUGUGGGAGUUCGUCGGCUACCAGAACAACGACACCAAGCACCCGCGCUUCCGCGUGAAUAUAAUAUCUGACAAGUUCAAGAAGCUCGUUUCUGGUCACAUCUUCGCCCACACAGCGCCCGUGCUAUCCGGAACGGUCCAGUCGGACAUGGCUGUCGAGGCCCUGUUCAGUAUUCAUCCGGACUGGAAGGAACAGGGCAUGAUACCUACGAUGAUUGAGGCCAACAUUCCCACGCCGAUUUGCGUUGACUCAUCCCGGAAGGUUUGGAUCGAUUAUGAGGCUCUCGAUGCGGAGCAUACGCUUUGGCAGCUGAACAUCUCGAGCACCAGCGCCGAAGGCACUCUGCCCAGAAGACAUCUCCACGGACGUCUCCAUAUGCGCUCGCCCAAUGAUCCUGCCUUUAUCUCCCAAUUUGCCCGCUUUGAACGUCUUGUCCCCUAUGAGCAAUGCGCAAGGGUGUUGGCCGAGCAGGGUGGACCUGACGUCGACGUCCUGCAAGGCCGCCAGGUGUAUAAGGCCUGGUCCGAGUUCAUCGAGUACUCGGAUCAGUACAACGCCGUGCACGCCGUUGUUGGUAAGAAAAACGAGUGUGCGGGACGAGUGCAUCGUCGACACGCUGGCGAGAGCUACCUCGAUAUCGCUCUUCAUGAUUCGUUCAAGCAGGUCUCUGGUCUCUUCUUAAACUGCAUGUCAGAUUCGAAGCCCGGUGAAAUACACAUCGGAAGCGACGUUGAGCUCGUUAUGCGCUCCCCACGGGGCAUUUUACAGCCAGGACAGACUCAAGAUAUCUGGCAUGUGUAUGCGCGACACUCGCAGGUCUCGGCCAGAGUCUACAUGGCAGAUGCAUUCGUCUUCAAUCCCGCCAAUGGAGAGCUCGUCGAGGUUAUCUUGGGGCUACAGUAUACGCGUAUGAGCAUUGACUCGAUGAAGAGACUCCUAAUGAACCUCACUGUGGACGAGUGGGCCUUGAAUCUGAACAAGAGCGGUGCGGCAGUAGCAAAGCCCACACCCAGAGCGCCUCAGGUUGCCGUGAGCAGCAGCCCGAAGAAGGCACAGGAGAAGCAGAAGGAGACCAAGGGACCAUCAUCCCAGCCAGCGAAGUCCAACCUCACAGUGGAGGUCAAAAGAGUGCUCGCGAGCGUCGUGGGUGCAGAGGUUGAUUCCAUUACUCUUGAUUCGGAAACGGCCGACAUUGGCAUCGACUCGUUGAUGGGCAUUGAGCUGCUUCGCGAAAUCAAUUCGGCAUUCCACUGCAAGGUAGACUUGCCAGAGCUACUAGCAGCCACUACCGUGGGCCAUAUUGUCACUCUGGUCGCGGGCGCUUUGUCUGAAGGUGAUGCUAUAGAACUCACAGAUGAUGAUGACGAUAUGAGUGAGUCGAGCCAGGAUGACAGGAGCCCCACGCCCACAACUGCCUCAGAGAUAGACACUGCUACCUCGGAAGACGAGUUACCUCCUAUCAAGGACGUACAUUCUGAAGAGCUGACGAAGAGAGAUGCUGCGGUGCGGGAGGCUGAGGCCGAGAAGUACGUAGCGAAAUACACGGCAGGAUGGACUCCUGCGCAACCGGCGUAUACCAGUGAAGCCAUCGCGGAUUCCAAUGAUGCCGUCGUCAUCGUCACAGGCGCCACCGGAAGCCUUGGUGUACACGUCGUUGCUGCUCUCGCCUCACAUCCCUCAGUCGCGACGGUCGUCUGUAUCAACCGACCUCGUCCCACACCAGUGGAAACCCGCCAAGACGAAGCUUUCUCCAGUCGCGGCAUCACACUUACACCUGAAGCCCGCUCCAAGUUGCGCAUCCUGUCGACCGACACAUCCCAGCCGCAGCUGGGUCUCGAGGCUUCCGAGUACGAGUGGCUUACGCAGCACGGCUCGCACAUCGUGCACAGCGCGUGGCCUCUGAGCGGCUCACGACCCAUAUCUGCUUUUGCACCGCAGUUCCAGACCAUGCGGAACCUACUUGACCUCGCCCGUGAUAUGGCUGUCCACCGUCGGGUCGGCUUCCAGAUGGUUAGCUCCCUUAGCGUUGUUGGACAUGCAAAGGAGCCGCUUGUGUCAGAAGAUCGUGUCCAUAUGGAUUCUGUCUUACCCCCGGGAUAUGGCGAGGCCAAAUGGGUAUGCGAGCGCAUGCUAGACGAGACGUUACAUAAGCACCCUACGCUGUUCCGAGCCAUGGCUGUUCGGCCCGCACAGAUUGCAGGUUCGUCUAGGAGCGGGGUCUGGAACUCAGUUGAACAGGUUCCCUUCAUCGUCAAGUCAGCGCAGUCGCUUGGCGUCUGGCCCAACUUCCGCGGCACCGUACGGUGGAUCCCUGUCGAUGCCGUCGCGGCGAUCCUCGUCGAUCUGUUAUACAUCGGAGACGAAGAGACGGCGCCGGACCCUUAUCCUAUCUAUCACAUUGACGACCCAGUCGGCCGCCCAUGGGAACAGAUAUCGUCCGUUCUGACGGACGCGCUAGACAUUCCGGCGAGUCAAUCGGUGCCGUUCAAAGAGUGGCUGGGCAUUGUUGCCCACUCGUCCAAGCCAGAGAUAGAGAACCCAGCUGGCAGAUUAGCGGACUUCCUAGAACAGAAUUUCGAGCGGUUGUCCUGUGGUGGGCUGGUUCUGGAUACGACGAAAGCCCAAGAGCAUUCCGCUACUAUGCGUGCUUUGGGACCGGUGAGUGACGAAGUAGCCAGGGGCUACAUCAGGGCUUGGAAGGAGAUGGGAUUCCUCUCCUCAUGA